GGCUCUGGGGAGUGGGGAAAGUUUUAACUAUUAACUUGACAUCAGCAAACUCCUUCCGAAACACCCGACAGAUGCAUACUUACUUUCCUACUGUUUAUUAACAUCCAAACUCUUCCCUCCUGAAAGUCUUCUGCUUUGAUUUUGGUGUUCAAAGUUUGUUUUUGUUAUUUUUGAACAUAUUUCGUACCCGUACACGUAAAAUGUGGAGUAGGACGACAAAAAAUAUCAAGAACGUUGUAAGUUAUUUCAGAGCUGUAAAUUUCUCAUCUCAAGUAGUCUGUCAUCAAAAAGUAUGCAUUGUUGGAAGUGGACCUGCAGGAUUUUACACUGCUCAACAUCUUCUUAAGAAUUGCCCAACCCUUGAAAUAGAUAUGUUUGAAAAGCUACCUGUGCCUUUUGGAUUGGUCAGAUAUGGGGUAGCCCCAGAUCAUCCUGAUGUGAAAAACGUGAUAAAUACAUUCACGGCUAUUGCCAAGUCUGGUAGGCUACAGUUUGUUGGAAAUGUUACAGUUGGAAAAGAUGUUACCCUAAAUGAUUUGAGAAAUGCUUAUGAUGUAGUGGUUUUGGCUUAUGGUGCUGCACAAGACAGGUGGUUAGGCAUUUCUGGAGAAAAUUUAUGUAAUGUAGUGUCUGCAAGAAAAUUUGUGGGGUGGUAUAAUGGGUUACCUGAAGAAAGCCAUCUUAAGUUUGAUUUGGAUGCUGAAACAGCUGUUAUUAUAGGACAAGGAAAUGUUGCAUUGGAUAUUGCCAGAAUACUUCUCACUCCAAUAGAUAUGUUAAAGAAAACUGAUAUUGCUCAACAUGCUUUAGAAGCUCUUAGCCGAAGUAAAAUAAAAAAUGUUAAAAUUGUCGGAAGACGAGGACCUUUGCAGGUCGCUUUUACCAUCAAGGAAUUGAGAGAAAUGAUUAAACUUCCAGGAAAUUCCUAUCGGAUUCAUCUUGAAAAUCCGGAAUAUAUCGAUGCAUGUCUUCCUAAAACCUCUAGGCCUAGAAAAAGACUCACAGAAUUGAUGCUGCAAUCUUCCAGUAUGAAGCGAUCAGAAGAGGACUCGUCAAAGCAAUGGGAGUUAAUUUUUCAUCGAACUCCGAUAAAAAUAGUCGGAGACUCAAACGCGAAUAAAGUUAACGGAUUAGUGGUAGGCAUCAAUCACUUAACGGGAGAUGACUGGGAGAAUCCUCAAGUAGAAGAUACAGGUCUUAGAGAAACUAUACCUUGUGGAAUGAUUUUAAAAAGCAUCGGAUAUAAGAGCCUUCCCUUGUCCGAUGAACUACCUUUUGACCAUGCCAAAGGGAUUAUUCGCCAAACAGAAGGAAGAGUAGAAGGAAUGCAAGGGGUAUUCUGCAGUGGAUGGGUGGCAAGCGGACCUGUUGGAGUCAUAGCAUCAACUAUGCAAAGUGGUCAUGAUGUCGGAAAGAGAAUUAUUGAAGAUUUAAAAAAUGGAAUUGUUGGAACUGGGACAAGGAAACCAGGCCGUGAUGCUAUUUUAUCCCAACUUGAAGCAAGAAAUGUUGAACCUGUAACAUUUGUAGAAUGGGAAGCCUUGGAUAACGAAGAGCGUGAACGUGGUAAAUAUCAGAAAAAACCACGCGAAAAGAUAGUUGACGUUAGAGAAAUGAUAGAUAUUGCCAAAAAGGGACAAUCAUAAGUACUGCCUUUAUUUAAUGAAGCGUAAUUUGGACAAAUGGCUUGACUAUAAUUCAUUCUUGACUUUUGUUUCACCCUUUUCAUCGAGGCAUUUUUGUUGGCUUUUGGGCAAAACAUGCUGUCGACACAAAUAGUUCUGUAAAUCCAUAUUAUCUUGUUGGUGGUUGUACCACUCUUCUAUUCUUUCUUCAUAAUCUUCUAUUAAAGAUUCACACUACAGGAAAAAAAUUGUAAAGGUGAAUUAAUAUACAUUUACUCUAGA